GGCAUUUGUUUACAUAUUGGUGUUUGUUUCAAGGGCUGCUCCAUUCUCCUCGUUUUCGAGACUGUUGAGGUUGUAACUGGCGUUUUGAAUCGGUGUAUUGAGAUCUUGGAGUGUCGUUAAGCAACUCUGGUUCACCAUGGCUAAUGUCGAGGAAGAGAUGAUAGCAUUGAGAUGGAACAACCAUCUCUCGACGCUGUCGCAGCUCCUAUACUCUCUGAGAGAAGAGGAGAAUCUGAUAGAUGCAACACUCGCAUGUGAUGGCCGUCUCUUUCCUGCUCAUAAGUUUGUGUUGUCUAUGUGUAGUGAAUAUUUCAAAGAGAUGUUUACCACAAACCCAUGCAAGCAUCCUAUAGUUUACAUGAAGGAUGUUAGAAGUGAGGACAUGGAAGCACUCCUGGACUUCAUGUAUCGUGGUGUGGUGCAUAUACCACAGGAAGCUCUCUCAGGACUUCUCAAGACUGCAGAAGGCUUACAGAUCCGUGGCUUGGGAUUGUUUGCCCGAGAAGCGGCAUCAGCAGACGGAGGCCAGGCAGCUUCUUCAGACCGAUCUGUGGUCACGGGAGCAUUGGAACCCUCAGUUAUGAUGAGCCCUGAACGAAAGCGUCCCUAUGACAUGGACCAAACGGAGACUUCUCUUGUCAAUUUCUCAGACGGAGAACUAGAUGACUCAGCACUUCAUACCCCCAAGAAGAGUAAAUCGGAUGAACCAUCUGAACCUCCAGCUCCCAUCCCAGAUUUGCCCAGAGUUUCAGAAGACAUGCUUGAUUUAGGUGGUGGUGUAACAAUAAAUGCAAGUGACUACUUUAAAUUCAGACGUACUAAUGCAAACCGAUAUAUCAACGACCUCCUGAGAUAUUUCUUUCCAUUGGAAGUGUUAGCCUCAUCCUCUCUUACUGGUGGAGAGUGUUUUGCUAAUAAAGACAAAGGCCCAUCAAAUAAGAAUCAGCUAGACCCAUGCAUCAUUCGGGUCAUCACACAUGAUGCAAUCCGGAAUUUCCCCAAUAUCGAUGAGAAGCAAGUGAGGAAUGCGAUUCGUCGCAAAUUGAACACUGAGUCAAGGAUCUUUCGCAGUCAGGAGAAAUUUGGUGGGCCUGGAAAAAGAAAUGGGGCUCAGCGGCGUAGAAGUCGCUUCUCAGAGUCUCCUAGAGCACUGGUUUCCAUAGAGAGGUCAGACCGAGAGAAGGACAAAGGACCUGCUAUGGUCACCCCAAAUGUUACUGUUGAAAAGGCACCGUCCAAGGAAGCUCGUCGAUCCUCAUACUCAUCCCCAGGAGGACAGAUUCAGCAAGGGUCGGAAAAAGAUGGGAAGAGAGAUGGGGAACCAUCUUAUUUCAACAGGCAGGAAAAAUCCACACCAAGAGUUAGUGACCAACACCAGCCCUCAAACAACUCUGCCACCCCGACCCCCGUUGCUACCCCAAGCCUUCCAUCUUCAUCCUCUUCACCUGUGACCACCAGUGACAAGACAUUUAAGCUGUGCCAUGAGAACCUGGUAAAGGCAGAGUUGCCCAGCACCGCCCAGUACUUGCCUCAGGAGUAUUCAUACCCUGCAGUGAUGCCACCUCAUGUCAGUCAGGCCUAUUUACCACACCACAUGGCAGCUGCAGACCCAACAUAUUUGCGAAGAUUGGAAAUGACUCAGGGGGCUCCACAUCCUGCUGCACUCUCUUAUACGUAUCCACACACAACCUUACCAACCUCUGAGUCUAUGGAACCUAGCCUUCACAUGUAAUAUUAUUUGAUAUAGUGCAGCAUCCAGUGCAAAUGUAGAUGUAAUACUUGCUUUGUGGAAGAGAGUCCUAUGUAAUUUUU